AUAUUCUGUGAUAAUAUAUGUGCGUCACCAAUUACUAUAUAUGUGAGGCGGAAAAGGGAUCUCUUGUAGUAAAAAUCCAAAUCGCAGUAGAGUUUUUCAAAUUAUCAGACUUUAGUGCAGAAUUUGAAAUAACCAAGAAUUCAAAACUUAAUUUUUGCGACAAAAGGUCCCUUUUUUCUUUCCGUCUCACAUAUUAAUAAUAUUGUAUUGAAUGCACCUGGAGUUUAAAUCCACGAUGAGAGUGAUAAGGCUCAGAGCCUGAGAUAAAAUUGUAUUUUCUAUAUUAUCUAAAAAAUUUCAAAAUACCGUAACCAAUAGCGUUCGUUGUUAAUUUAAUGGUCGAUCACAACAAAAAAGACAAAAAUGAUGUUACUGUGCCAAAGAAGUCAAGUGAUACCAUGGCAUCAGCGGCGUUCUUAACAUGCGUGGCAGCUGGUGCAGGGAUAUUUACUUUUGCAUCCACUCUAGCGUCGUCUCGCAAAAUGGAUCCAAACAUGUUUGCCAAAGGUCAAACUCCAUCCUCUACAAUGGGAGAAACCGGUGUACAAUUAGCCAUUAGAGCACUUAAAUGGGGAUCAUUCUAUGCAGUGGGCGGUUGUGGAUUGUUCUUUUUUGGUAUUUGGAAAAUGAGUGGCGCUAAUGAUAUGCACGAGUUUAGGAUGAAAAUAGGUUCUUUAUUGCCAAGAUUAACUCCGACAGUUCAUAAAUCUCGGACAGAAUUUGAGGGCCUUUCAGAUUUAAUGACAUAUUUGGCCACAGACUAUUCUGGACAAACAAUAAAAACUGAAGAAACUUCUAAUAAAUCAAAGGAUUAAAAUCAUACAAUUUAUUGAUAGAAACAACAUAACUUAUUUUUAAGAAUUAAAUAGUAAUCUUGAAAAUGAAAUACCAUGAUUCUUGAAUAAUAUAUUAACAAAAUUAGUACUUAAUAACAAAAAAAAAGUUACAAAACAAAAAUAAACAAAUUACUACAUUUAAUUAUAGUCAAGUAUAUAUCCACCAUUAUAUGUAUAAAAUAUAU